AUGGUAGAUGAAUCACGUGAUAUUUCAACAAAGGAGCAAAUGGCGGUGAUUUUGCGUUAUGUGGACAACAAAGGUCAAGUAAUUGAAAGGUUUGUGGGAGUCCAACAUGUUACCGAAACAACUUCAACAAAGAAAAACUCCGAUGUUGCUGCUUUUUUCACAUUGACUAAUAGUUUGGUAAAUGUUGUUGGAUGCUCAUGUAAGCGUCGUGAUGCACUUAGAGAGAAACAACAAGAAAAUCUCUUGAAAACUAUUGAAAAUGAUUGUCUUGAAAUGGGGCAAGGGUUAAAUCAAGAAACUAGUCUCAAACGUGCUGGGGAUACACGGUGGAAUUCACAUUAUGGUGCUUUGAUUAGUUUGAUUACAAUGUUCUCAUCUGUGGUGGAUGUGCUUGACAUGAUUGUUGAAGAUUGCUACAAUGAUAGUGCUGGUGAAGCAAAAAGGUUAUUAAAAGAUUUACAAUCUUUUGAGUUUGUGUUCCUCCUCUUUUUUAUGAAAUCCAUAUUAGGAGUUACAAACGAUUUGUCACAAGCAUUGCAAAAAAAAGAUCAAGAGAUUGUGAAUGCAAUGGCUUUAGUCAAGACAUGUAAAGAACAACUACGUUGCAUGAGGAAUGAUGAAAAUUUUGAUCUUUUGGUUGAUAAAGUAUCAUCUUUUUGUGUUGAACAUGAAAUUGAGGUGCCUAAUAUGGAUGAUUUAUAUGUCAUUCAAGGGAAGUCAUUGCGUAAGGCUCCAAGAAAGAUCAAUCAUCAUCAUUACAAAGUGGAGCUCUUUUUCGAGGUCAUUGAUUUCCAACUUAAAGAAUUAGAUGAUCGCUUCGCUGAAGGUAAUACCGAAUUGCUUAUUUGCUUGGCAUGCUUGAGUCCGAAUGAUUCAUUUGUAGCUUUUGAUAAAGAGAAGCUUGUUCGCCUUGCUCAUAUGUAUCCUAAAGAUUUCACGGAUUGA